GUUUGGAUCCUUACCCAAACUCCAAAAACCUGAACACUUCCCCCACCCACCAUUAUGCCUCCUCAAAAACCCAAGCUUCUACAUGUCAACUCAAGGAUUCAAACACUUGGCCAUGACUCCAUUAUAACUAUCCUCUUGCGGCUACAACUCCUCCUAAACCCAGUACCAUCUUAGAGAGAAAGACAGAGAGAUAAAACCAAACCAAAUUAACCAUGGCAAAAGAGCUUUCACUAGGUUAUUACAACAAUGGGUACAACACUAAACCUUCAACAUUCUUGAACUCCAUCUUCAUGUCCACUGUGAAUGUGGCAGCCAGGACACUUGUUUCCGUAGCUUCAGGCUCCAGAGCCCAACACAUGCAAAAAUGGAGGACCAGUGACCAUUUGAGGUUCAUGGUGAUGCUAAUAACUUGGCUCACUUUGUGGGUUCUUAGGGUUUUAAUGGACCAUAUCCCUUUCUCUAUUGCACCCUCUUCUCCUUUCCAUCUCCUUCAACAAUUUUCCCCAACCGGCUUGAUUGGUUUCCCACAAUCAUCGUCGCCAUCAUCAUCUUCUUCUAUGGAUUUGAUUGUCUAUGAUGGGGUUGAUGCACUUCCUGUUCAAGCUCUUGGUAGAUCCCUUUCACAUAUACUGGCACUGCUGAACGAGAUCCCUGCGACCUCCAGGAAAUACCAGUUCGCAAUGGCGAUGGCUGAGAGGAUAAUGGACGAGAAUGCCAGAUCAGGACACGUGGACAUGAUCCAAGUCAACCGUUUGGCCCUCAGUUCGGCCUUCUCGCGUACAUCCACGCUCCUACACCGCUCCCUCAUGAGGACCCAAAACGACAACGAAGAGGACGGUGGCAGCACGUGGAUGUCACGCGCCAUCAGGGCCAUCCCUAUGGGGACCUACGUGGCGCCAUACCUGAAGGGAAUAAGGAUGUGCUUGGGUGCGGUGAGGUCUUGUAUGGAAAUGGCUACGUCCUGUUGGCAGAAACAGGGAAGGAAAAUGGUGAGGGUUGGAGGAGGGGAUCAUCAGGGAGAGGAAGAGAUGGCUGAGAAGUUGGCCGAGGAGAUGGUUUGGAUAAGCAUUAAGCUUAGAGAUUAUGAGGCUUUGGAUGAAGCUAUGGUGCAGUGGAGCCUUGCCUCUAGUCUUGCUUCUCUUUCUCUUUAUGCUAAUCCAAGGGUUCAAGGCCUUAUUCUUAAGAUAUCAGGCAUAAUAUUUAAGGAUAUAAAUGGACGAGAAAGUAUAGAAAUAAUAACAAAGCAAGAGAAAUUCAGGCUGUUGAUGCUUUGGCUUCCAUUGUUAUGCCAUGCAAGCAACGGUGUGGCAUAUCCAGUGCUGACAUACUUAGAGAAGGUAGAAAUAGAGAGAGCAAUUGACAAAGCAAUAUGGAGUUUAGCACCGAUGGAUCAGGAAGUCAUUCUCACAAAUUGGCUUCAAGACUUUGCCAUUUCUCCUUCAGAGUGGCCUAAUCUCCAGCCUUCCUAUGAUCGAUGGUGCCAAUCUACUCGCAACCUCGUCGCUUAAUAAGUAGAACUACGUACCUUCAUCCCUACAUGCAACAUGUGGAUUUAUAUAAGUUUACAUAUACACGUAUAUGUAUAUUACCAUAAAUAGAAGGGCAUCCGCAUCCAUUGUGGCUUAUGUCCAUAUAUAUUGUAUCCUGGUAAAUAUUGUAGAAUAUAAUAACUCUUAGUAAAAUAAGGUACUUUAUCAAGCA